AUGGAGAGUCGGAUUUUGUUUACUUGCAUACUGGUUGGAAUAUUCCUUCGGAAAUCCUGUGGUCAAAACUCAGCAACUGAAGCCGGUGAGCAUUGCAGGUGGUGGUCGAUGGUCUAGUGGUGGGGUGACUGAGAGACUAGGGAGAAGUCAGAGUAUCUCCAAAUGGUGUUAUUAUAUUAAAGGCACAAUACUUGUAUCACCUGUCAUAUAAUUUCUACAACUUUGACAGUAAUAUACACGGAGUAUACAAAGCAUUAAGAACACCUGCUCUUUCCAUGACAUAGACUGACCAGGUGAAUCCAGGUGAAAGCUAUGAUCCCUUAUUGAUGUCACUUGUUAAAUCCACUUCAAUCAGUGUAGAUGAAGGAGAGGAGACAGGUUAAAGAAGGAUUUUUAAGCCUUGAGACAAUUGAGACCUGUGCCAUUCAGAGGGUGAAUGGGCAAGACAAAAGUUUUUUAUGCUCAACUGUUUCCCUUGUGUAUCAAGAAUGGUCCACCACCCAAAGGACAUCCAGCUAACUUGACACAACUGUGGGAAGCAUUGAAGUCAAUAUGGGGCAUCAUCCCUGUGGAACGCUUUUGACACCUUGUAGAGUCCAUGCCCACGACGAAUUGAGGCUGUUCUGAGGGCAAAUAUUAGGAAGGCGUUCCUAAUGUUUAGUAUACUCAGUUUAUGUUGAUAUCUGUUCCUGACUUUAACACUAUGUGACAUUUAUAUGCUUAUGAGUCAAUGCAAUGUAAAUUAAAACAUAUAAUUGAUUAUAACACCAUAAUAAUUACUGAAUGCUUGUUACAACCACAAAUGUGGUAGUUAGAGCUCAUAACCAUAUACUGUAGGGGUGAAAACUAAACUUGGUGGUGAGUCAGUUCUAUCUGUCAGUGGUCUGUCUUUAUGACUCAGUGUAAGUUUACAGUGGACAGACAGAACAUUAGACUUAUCACACAGACUUCCAUUUAUAGAGACAGACUUUGACUAACAUAGCCUAAUUACUUUCUAUGCGACUCACUCAAACAUAUAAAUGCUUUUAAUACUAAAGACUGGCAGAGAAGCACAGAUAAUCCAGGUUUGAUCCCCUGUGAUGAUGUAUUUUGAUCCUACUUAUAGCCUACUGGUGGUGAUAUAACCACAUCAUGUUUUAGAACCAAGAAGAGCUGUGCAGGAGGCCUUUUCUAACACAUCUGAGCUCUGUGUGAGUGUCUCUGUGUGUGUGUGUGUGAGAGCUUUCAUGCAUGCAUGUGUGAAGCAGGUCUAAAGAGUUAUUGUCAGUUACUCCCAUGCCCACCAAGGCUUUGUGGUUUCAUAAUUUACAUUCAGUGUGUAGCCACUAAUAUACAGUAUUAGUCAAGCUUGUUCAGGGUGUACUGUAAACCUAACACUGUAACGUCUCCUGAGUGGCGCAGUGGUCUAAGGCACUGCAUCGCAGUGCUAGCUGUGCCACGAGAGAUCCUGGUUCGAAUCCAGGCUCUGUCGUAGCCGGCCGUGACCGGGAGACCCAUGGGGCGGCGCGCAAUUGGCCCAGCGUCGUCCAGGGUAGGGGAGGGAAUGGCCGGCAGGGAUGUAGCUCAGUUGAUAGAGCAACGCCAGGGUUGUGGGUUCGCCAGGGUUGUGGGUUCGAUAGUUUGCAACGCCAGGGUUGUGGGUUCGAUUCCCACAGGGGGUAUGAAAUAAUAAUAAUGUAAGUCGCUCUGGAUAAGAGCGUCUGCUAAAUGACGUAAAUGUAAAUGUAAUAAAGCUAAUACUAAUGUACAAGACAGUUCAGACCCAAACAGUUGGUUUACAAUAAGCAGAGAGACACAGACAGAACUACAGUUUACUGGGGCUUAACAUUAGAGGCCAUAUGUGCAGUGUAACUGCAGCCCCUCCCACUUAGGGAGCUGGAGGAGUACAAAGUCCAGAUGUGUGUGUGUGUGUGGCGUGCAUGCAUGCUUGAGUGUACACUCGUCUUUCAACACUACACUCUUAUCAGUACAGCGACCACACAUCGAGUGUCAAAUUGAAGCGUUAAGAAAUUCACUGCUAAGGGCCCAAAGAAAAUCAUGAAUUUCCAAAGCACUCAAAUCUGGAAAAUGAACAUGGCACGUCUCUCUCUCUCUCUCUCUCUUCCUCCCCCUAUCUCUCUCUCUGUAUAUGGGUAUACGUCUACUACCGCGCAUGCCUCUUCUUCUCUCAAAUGGAAAUUCCAAUACACACUUCCCCCUUAACCUUUCUCUCUCUCUAUCCCCACCUCCAACCUAACCUCCUCCUUAUAGAAUCAAUAUAUGGAGCUCCUACAGUUCUCCCCCUCUCCCCCUCACCCCUUCUUACUCCCUCUCUCUCUUUAAUGAGAAGCUCUGCUCCGUGCUACUGUUAUGAAAUAUGGAACAUUUGUAAAAUGUUGCCUAGUCUAAAUGUUAUGACAGCGUUUUUCAUCCAUCCUUCAUCCGCCCACCCCUCCUCUGAUCUAUCUCACUUCUUCAUCCCUAAUUUUAGGUUGGCUUGUUUGUUUUGAUCUGGUCUUAUCGCUGUAAUUACUGGUUUUCCUACUCAUUUCCUUUCUUCGGACAGUUCACGCCUCUUCACACAUUCUUUCUCCUUUCAUUUUGUUUCAGUUUCUCCCGCUUUCAGACUUAUGGCAUUUUCUAUAAAGGUUUGAAUGACUGUGGGACAGUGUUGUUCCAAGGAAGUGGAUGGUGAGAAGGGGGGGAUUCUGUGUGUGUGUGUGUGUAUGUGUGUGUGUGCGUGCGCGUGUGUGAGCGUGUGCACACUCACAUACUGAACAGAAAGAGGACCACUGGAAAAAGUUAAGGGAGGGAGUAGGAAUCAGAGAGAGAGAGUGAGAAAAGAGAGAGAAAGUUGAAAGUAGAAGUAGGUUUUCCCACAGAUGCUCCACACAGUCUCAGUGAGUUCUGGGAUUGUACUUAUCCCUGUAAAUAUGUGGCUGGCUAUCAUGAAUACUUAUUUUGCUUCUCUAUGGGAAGUUUGUGGGGAAACUAAUAACUAUACCACAUUGUUUCCCUGUUUCCUACAUACACAUCUACUAUAAGCACUAUGCUUAUAGAAAUUUCCCCAUCGUGAAGACCCACAUUUGGUGUAAAUAUUGCUAAACUCUGGGAGUAUUUAAUUCUCAACAGUAUGCUAUGACUUAUUCAGUUAUUAAUUUUCGCAUAAUAUUAGCAUUAUAUUCUGUAGCUAUAGCCUAUAUAUAUGUAUCUAUAAUUAUAUAUACCCUAUAUCUGUAAAAAUCUAGUGGAUGUGUGUCCACCACCUGUAACGCUCUCUUUUCCUCUCCUCUCAGUGUUGAACUGCUGUGAGGGCGACGUCCUCUUCCUAUUGGACUCCUCGGGCAGCGUCUCGUCCUAUGAGUACUCCCGCAUGCUGGUCUUCCUGUCCGAGCUCCUCCUCCCCUUCUCAUUGGGCGAGGACCAGGUGAGGGUGGGCCUACUGCAGGUGGGCACCCAACCCCGCCUUGAGUUUGGCUUUGAUGUCCACAAUACCCAAACUGGCCUCCAGGGGGCACUGGGGAACACCAAGCCUCUGAGGGGCAACACCAAUACAGAGGAGGCCCUCAGGAUGGCCAAGGACUGGGUGCUGAAGCCUGGAGGGGCCGGGGGAGCCAGGGCAGAGCUACCCAGGGUUCUAGUGUGGCUGACGGACGGGGUGAAGCCGGGCGAUGUGAUUGGACCAAUGGAGGAGCUGAGAGCGGAGGGCGUGGCCGUUCUGGUGAUCUCCACGGGCCACGGGAACUACCAGGUGCUGCGGCAGGUGGUCACCCCGCCUGUGGAGUCACACCUGUACUUUGUGGACAUCGACGAUAUGAGUAUCAUCACCGAGGACCUGAGGGAUGCCAUUAUUGGUGAGUGUGUGUGGGGUUCUGUGUGUGUCCAAUUUGAUUCCUCAAUUGACUGCAAUUUACAUGGACCUGACCCCUUCUUUUGAGCUCUACUCUAGACUUUGCUGCUGUACAAAUGCAUGUCUCCAUGCUACUCCUUUAUCACAUACCCACUCCUAGAGACUGUGAGAAAUAGAGGGACGCAGAGACAGUGUAUGUUAGACUGUAAGGAGAGAGGGGGGGCUAUUAAUAAAUACAUUAUUCAACCCCCCCCACCACCACCCAGCCCCCCCUACCGUGCCCCUCUACGGUGCCAGAUAUAUAUAGAGGGUAUUUCUCUGGUCAGAUAGGGUAGCAGUCAUAUGGACACAAUCACUUCCAGUAAACAUAUGUAGCUCUAAGACAUGAUGCAUACUGUAGUGAUGGGCAGACGCAUAGUGUAAAUACGGUUGUUUUACGACACAGAAGGAGAAUCCAUGGUCCCUCUAGCGAGUGCCUGAAGUUCCUAUCCUCUGACACUGAAACCUUUCUUGGGUUUGGUAUUUGUUACAGAAGUAUCUUCAGAACUGGGUUGUCUAUUUCGAGGGGUUUUAUGGCAUGCAUUGUGAAUGCAUUGGGGAACCCACAGUCUGUCUGUCUGUCUGAGCUCCUCUCUCUCUCAUCCUUUUCCUCCCUCUCUUUUUUGCCAUCUUGUUCUGGUUAUCCAAGGAUGAAUGCUCACCAGUGAGAGAAAGGAAUCCACACACUGUGAUAAUAUGGUCGUAAAUGUAUUUAGGCAAAUGGGGGCUGGUGAAGGGAGGGAUGUCUUAAGUAAUGGCUGGAAUGGAAUGAAUGGAAUUAUAUACCGCCAUCGGUAUAGCCAUGUCCUUCGAUUUAAAGUGACACCAGCCUCCACUGGAGUUUUAUAUUUCACCAGUGUUUCAGUCCUUUGGUCUCGUUCUGUCUCUCCUCUAACAGAGAUCCUCUGGGCUGACCGGCUCCAGGUGCGAGAUGUGUCCACAGACAGCGCUGUGCUGCAGUGGCGACCGGUUCUGGCCGGUUUGACCGGUUAUUAUGAGAUCCAGUUUGGACCGGCUCCCAGUGGGGGAGUGGUUGGAGGAGGAGCAAAGGGGCCUGGUACCAGCCCCAGUACCAGCGGUGGUCAGUACCAGAGACUCACCCGGCCAGGGGACUCCAGCACGGCCAGGCUGACGGGCCUGAAGCCAGACACCACAUACACAGCCACACUGACUCCUGAGUCCAACCUGCAGGUGCUCAACCCCCGCUCCGUCACCUUCACCACUAAGCCAGGUAAGAGGCGGUAGCAUGUUUACAUUUGACAUUUACAACAUUUAUAUUGUUACAAUUAACAAUGUUGGCUCAGUUGGUUGGGAUGUGGUGUCUUUGGGGUUUGUGUCCAGUAUGGGCACACUGUAUACCGAAUAUUCUUAUGUCACUUUCGACAAAAGCACCUGGUAAAUCACCAUAUUAUAUAUUUUUAUAUUAUAUUAUUACAUAUAACGUAUUGUCUCCUUAAGAGGUGUUGAGCCCAGCCAUGGUGACGGUGUCUGACUCAGGGACCAACAGUGUGAGGGUGAGCUGGGGUCCUCUGCAGCCGGAGUCUGUCCAGAGCUUCCAGGUGGAGUACUCAGCCCUGCCGGGGGGGAAGCUCCACACAGCUACUGUGGGCCUAGGGCAGAACUCCACCAUGCUGACCAACCUCCAGCCAGACACCCAGUACCUGGUCACCGUGAGCGCCCGUCACUCCUACGGCCGGGAGAGGGCCAUGUCUGUCAAAGUGUGCACUGAGGAGGGUAAGGAGCGUAGAGCAUUGAGGAUAUGUUCUUAGGCACAGAUGCAGUAUGGGAUUAGCCUCAACGUUUUUAAACUGAAGCAUUAAAAGGGGAAAAUGCUAAAUGUACUAUUACCCUUCACCUCUCUCUCUCUCUCUCUCUCUCUCUCUCUCUCAAUUUAAUUUCAAUUUCAAUUGCUUUAUUGGCAUGAUGUAACAAUGUAAAUAUUGCCAAAGCGUACUUUGAAAAGGUAAUCCCAUAUCCCUCCCUCCCUCCCUCCCUCCCUUCUCAGUGAGGCCGGCUCUUGCAGACCUGCAGCUGACCACGGUGGGCAGUGACUCUGUUCAGGUGGACUGGAAAGCCAGCGUGGACGGCCUCAGGGGCUACUGGAUCACCUGGGAGGGACAGGGCGGCCACGGCUCUACCACCGCUCAGCGCUCCUCCUUCUACCUGCCCCCCAACUUACUGUCCACGCGCCUGACACACCUGCCCCCCGCCACCAGAGUGUGUGUGUCGCCUGUCUACCGGACGACACGCGGGGAGGGCCUCUGCUGCACGGCCCAGUUUCAUUCAGGUGAGAGGACGGGCCGCUGCUAUUUUGAAUGA